GUGCUUCCUGAGUGGCGGAGGAAGAAGAGACGCGAAGAGACAGACGGAGGAAAAGAGGAGGAGAAGAAGAAGAAGAAGAAGAAGAAGAAGAAGAAGAAGAAGAAGAAGAACAAGAUGAAGGCUCGUCCCGACCUGCUCUUCAUCUCUCUCCUCUCUCUCCUCUCCCUGUUUCCCGCGGGCCUCGCUGAGAGGCAUUCCCUCACGUACAUCUACACGGCCUUCUCCAAACCUACCUUGCUUCCUGGGAUCCACGAGUUCACAGCCAUGGGUCUGGUGGACGACACGAUGAUCGACUACUUUGACUCUGACCUCAAACGGAAAGUUCCCAAACAGCCGUGGAUGGCGGAGCGAAUGGAGAAGAACUACUGGGAAAAAGGCACACAGUCCCGCCUGAGCAAGCAGACGUGGUUCCGUGUCAACAUCGGCAUCCUGAUGGAGCGACUGCGACAGAAUGACAAUGAUACCCACAUCCUUCAGUGGAUGCACGGCUGUGAGAGCAUCAUGGAAAACGGCAUUGUGAAGUUCUAUGAAGGCAAAGACACGUACAGCUACGAUGGAGAGGACUUCCUGCAUUUUGACGAUAAGGACGGAGUCUGGAUCAGCGCCAAUCCCGCGGCGCAAGACACCAAGAGGAAGUGGGACGAGGUCCAGACACUGAAAGACUACACCAAAGGCUACCUGGAGAACGAGUGUCUGCGUUGGUUGAAUCAGUUCGUGGGAUAUGGACGAAAGCAACAUCAAGCAGCUCCUCCACCUGACAUGUUCAUGUUUGCAAAGAAGUCCAAGACCGACAGCAACGUGAUCCUGACGUGCCUGGCCAGCGGGUUCCUCCAGAAAGACGCCGAGCUGAAGAUCAGAAGGAACGGCCGUCUUCUCGAUAAUGUGGAUGGAGUGAAGAGCUCCAAUGUUCGACCAAACAAUGACGACACCUACCAGACGAGACACAGUGUGGAGAUCUUAAAGACGGACGAGUCUGAAUACACCUGUGAGGUCAUUCAUGAGGGAUCCGGUUUAAGUGUCACGGUUACUUGGGAUCACAAACUUCCUGCCGAUGGUUCUGGACUCAUCAUGUAUGUUGUGGCUGCUCUUUCACUGGUCGUCAUCAUGAUCAUUGUGGUUGGAACCGUAUUGUUCUUACGUAAAAAAGGCAAAUGUGGCGGUACCAACAAAGAUCUCCUGGACAUCGAAUCCAACAAUUCCUCCCAAAACAAAGAUCUCCUGGACAACGGAUCCAAAGGGUCAGGAUCUACCAGCUCAAGUGUCGCUGGUGUCUCAAGUGUCUCAAGUGUCUCAACUGUCUCAACUGACUCUGGUGAAUCCAAGAAUCCCUCCGAAAACGAAGCUCUGAUGGAGAAGUGAGAUCGUCUGGAUCGUCAAUAAACUUAGACUUAAUCAUAAGAAGAAGAAGAAUAAUCAUAACUUUUAUCCAUAUAGAACCAUAUGUAUUUUUACCAUGUGAAGUAAAGAAAACCUCCUUGUAGGACACAUUGUGGAACAUAACAGAAAAUAUAUCAAACAGCUCUGAGCUCCUACAUUGAUAAACGCCGUACCUGGGGUGACCGGGCGCCCCCCCUCUCUGUGGAACACAUUACCACCCCACAUCAAAAAGGCCCCAAGACUGGCCCCCACACUGCUGUCAUUCAAAAAGGCCCCCACACUGCUGUCAUUCAAAAAGGCCCCCUACUCCUGUCAUUCAAAAAGGCCCCCACACUGCUGUCAUUCAAAAAGGCCCCCACACUCCUGUCAUUCAAAAAGGCCCCCACACUGCUGUCAUUCAAAAAGGCCCCCACACAGCUGUCAUUCAAAAGGCCCCCACACUGCUGUCAUUCAAAAAGGCCCCCACACUGCUGUCAUUCAAAAAGGCCCCCACACUGCUGUCAUUCAAAAAGGCCCUCAAAACCAACCUCUUCAAACUUGCCACCCCCAGUAUACCUAAUUUCGUAUCUUUUUCAUGGUUUUUAACAUAUGUAUAUUGAUUGUUUCAUUAUUGUAUCCCUCACUAUGAAAAGCGUCUUUGAGGACUUUUAAAAGCGCUCUAUAAAUGCUAUAUAUUUUUUUAUUUUAUUAUUAUUAUUAUUAUAAACUAGUCGAUGUACAGGUAUUAUAUUGUUAUAGAUAAGAUAAAAUGAAUUAAAUUUAAAAACAAAGUGUGGCUAACAGGAUACAAAUCUGUAGAAUAAGAAUAAAUAUGAAUUCAUUAAUUAUAAAAACUAAAAUAGUAAAACGUAAUAAUAGUAUUAUCUAAUACUAGAAGGGAGACUUUGUUGUCGGCCAUGUUUGAAGGUGAGUCUUCAGUUGAGAUGAAAUCAUAAGAAAUAAAUGGGCAGUAGAUGCAGUGAUGCUAAAACUGCGAUGAUAUGACGAGAUCUGUACGUAGUUCAUCUGUCGCUGAAUUCUGGAGGAGUUGCAGUUGAGAGACUGAGUGGAAGUUUAAUCAGGUGAAAAGAGAGACGUGAUGAUUUAAAAGUAUGUAUAUGUAAAAUUAAUAACUUGUUCUUUGAGGUAGAAAUUAAGUUUGUGUCUGAACUUGGAAGUUACUUCUUAAAUCAACACUAUGUAACUGUUACUGAGCAACAGCGCCCCCUGCAGCCACGCAAGGUGAUUCAGUGGUUCAAUGGUGUUGAUUUGAUGUCAGCAGUGAAGAGAAGAGGACCGAGGAUUGAGCCUUGUGGAACUCCUUUUCUAAUCAUCAUGACACUGGAUCUUUGAAUCACUAGAAGCUACUGCUUGGUUAUAUCAGGUCUGUGGGUUAGUGACCAUUCUCUCUGUUCACAGUCAGUGAAGAAGUGAACAGUCAAGCUGCUGUUUCAAGGUAGAGACGUUGCAUAGUGUUGAUUGAAUUGAAUUUAAUAGUGUAAGACCUUGUCUGGUAAAAGACGUCCGAUUUUUUUUUUUAAACCUACAUUUUUACUGGAAUUAUUGAGAAACUAAGAAUCGAAUAGAUGUGGAAACAGAUCAUUGGAUAAAAGAAAAAAUGUGAACGGGAACAUUUGCACCGUUACUCUAUUUAAUCUGCUCAUUAAAUUAAAUAUGUUGGAUUCCUUAUAUAACUUGUGCGAAACAAGGUUUAAAUUGUAAUUAAAAAGAAUGAAAUGUACUUUGAUUUUGUUCAAACUGAGUGAUGAGAUCAUUCAGAACAAAUCAUGUCAUAUAUUUUUAUAACUCAGGUAUAAUCAGGAGUCUUUUACAUACACAGACACGUCCCUGCUGCAAAUACAGUCUUUGUUUCUGUUGAGUAUUUAAAGGAUCUUUGCUUUUUUAAUGCUGAGCUCACACUGGAUUUAAUGACUUCAUUCAUUGUAGAAUAUUAUUUUUCUUGCUGGUGCUUAGUUUGCCUGUUAUUUGAUUUACAAUCAGUUAUUCUUUAUUAAGUACUUUAAACUCACUUUAUGUUUAGGAAUUCAUUUUACUGUUUUCAAACUGUUUUAUAAAUAUCAUUGUAAUAAACCUCUUGAAUCUG